AUGUUAAAAUCAAUAAUUAUUAUCUUUGCUAUAUUUAUUAAUUUUAUAAUAGCUCAACAAAAUAUUAUUGAUGAUCGAUAUGGAAAUCGAAUUCCACAACCAUCAUCAUAUUUUGGUGUUGGAUAUGGUAUAAAUGUUCCAAAUAAUAAUAUUAAUAUGAACAAUAACAACAACAACAAUAAUAAUAAUAAUAAUAUUAACAAUAAUAAUAAAGAUGGUCCUAUUGAAGAAUUUGGUCAAUGUGGUGGUCUUGAUUGGGAAGGUCCAAAAACUUGUCAAGCAAAUUUAAUUUGUUUAAAACGUUCAAAAUAUUAUUCUCAAUGUUUAUCAUCUGAAGAAGCUUCAAAGGCAACUCGACCAUCACCACAAGUUAUUCCACCUGGUGGUAAAUGUCAUGGUGGAAAUAUUCAUGGUCCAAUAGCUUGUGCUAUUGGUACAGCUUGUUUUAUUCAAACAGAAAAUGUUCAUGGUGAAUGUAAAGCACAUUGUCCACAAGGAUGGUUUUGUGCAAAACAAACAUUACCUGAAUGGGCACCAUGUGGUGGAGAAGGUUAUAUUGGUUUAACAAAAUGUAAAGAAGGUCUUCAAUGUUAUGCACAUUCAAGAUGGUAUCAUGAAUGUCGAUCAGAAUGUCCGGCAGGAUGGAAGUGUUAA